AUGAAUAGCUUUUUUCUAUUUUUACUUACCCUUCUGACCAUUUGUGUUGCCCAAGAGGACUCCGGCCGAUAUGUCGAUCGGAUCAAGAUUGAGACUUUUUCCAAAACCAAGUUUGGUCUUAUACAUGAUUCCUACACCUACUACGUCAAGGAUAGUUACGAUCAAAUUCAAAAGGACUACUUCCCGUAUGAAUUUCUAUCAAUCGGGUAUCUUUAUGAGGAUGAUUAUGCUGCUGACACUGUUUCGUGUGCGACCGACGUGUGCCCAAAGCUAAGAAGAAUUUAUGCGCAUACCACUACUGUCAAUGGAAAAGUCACCACUCGCCUCCUCGACUCUGCAUUGAAAGCUAGUCUUGGGGCCACCACCGCCAAGCCGAUCGGAUUCGUUGCUCCAUACCCAGGAUACUGUAGUUCCGACGAUCUUGUUCCAAUAAUUGAGAUGUACUCCGAUUAUUUGAAGCAGUACGUAUACUGGACUCCGUUAAGACCACACGAUUAUACAAUUUGGAAUAACUAUCCUGACGACCUCUCCAGAUAUGUACCAAAACGUCUAGUUGGGUAUGCACUUUCUGGAGACUCAAAUAGAACAGUUCUCUAUAACGCUGCACCAGAUUUUGUGAAGCCGAUUGGAAAAGCUAACUAUACUCAUUCCUUCUUUCCUACUUACCAUUCCAUGAUUUUUAUUAAAAACCGCACCUUAGUACACGUGGCCUCCCCUGCCGCAGUUGAUGCUUAUUUAAAGAAAACAGCCGAAUUCCCAAUUAAUCAAAAAUUUGGAGUUUAUGUUCUCGGAAAAGGAACUGCUGCCGAAUUCACGAGACUUUCCGCGGUUUGCGGAGAGCUGAUGCCAAUUUACACUGCAAUGAACGCUCACAAAAACCAAACUGAAUUUUUCGCUCGUACCGUUGCUGCUCCGUAUACAGCUAUGGCCCAAUCGGGAUGGACAUUCAAAGAAAACAGACGAGUUUGUGGAGGAAUCAGGGGAUUAGCCCCGUUGCGGGAGUUUAAGCAAAAGACAUCGGGACACUUCGUUUAUAUGAACGAUCCAGACAUGAUUGCUAAGGAACUUGGAGAUCUAUAUGAAGUGACUUCCAAAAAUCUUGGGUAUGCUCCACUUGAUCAAUUCGGUUUUCUUCUUGUUAACGCUACUAUUUGA